AGUGUGCUGUCCUGUACGAUUAAGUUUGCAAAUCAUAUUUCUGAGUCUCCCGCAAAUUGGCAAGUGGGACGCUUGCGGGGCGCGAGAGUCCGCCGUGUGGUUGAGAUCUACAGAAUGGACAAGACCACCGCAGAUCAGAGGCCGGCUCAUGAUCGUACCGCAGAACGACGAAAUGGCACGGACCAAUGCCCACUGCUGCUGAGCUGUCUUGCGUCGGGCUUGAGACAUUGACUGCAGCCAAGGCGAGCAGUUUCCAGGUCCGGUGAAGAGAUAGACCAGAAACAAGAGGUUGCGCUCUGUACUCCGUACGGAGUCUCGAGGGAGUGUUGAAAUGGAAGUGAAAACGACCCGCUCUGGAGAGGAGAUUCCCGUCGCAGCGUUGCAUCGCGACUGCCGUGACCUGGCCCAGCUGGUGAACUUGAAAUUUGCAUGCCCCACAAAAGCCAUUCCAGGUUCGCCGCAGCUGCCCUGCCCGGCCACAGCUUUUGCGUCAUUCUCAUUGAGCCCAUCAACCAUGCACGAAUCGAGAAUGUCAGCCAAGGAGCACAAAGCUGGGCCUUGGGUCAGACAGCGGCGAGUCGAAGAAAAGUUGCAAUGGCGGUCGUGUAUCUUUAAAAGACAGAUCUUUGUUCAGUUGCCACUCUUUGUCUCAAACUUGCCGCAUCCAUCUUUUUGGCUUUGCACUUUGAACGACUUGGCGUCCCAUGCCGUCCUCUUGAUCGCCAUUCCCCAAGCCGCGUACCAAGCCUUGAGCCCCACUAAACUGGAUCCUCCCUGGCCAUUCAACACCACCGUCAUCUCCUUGUCUCAGACGAACACACCCCUUUUGUUGGUUUGGCCGGCGGCCGCAACAAGCGCUUUGGCCCCUGUCUGGUCGAUUUAGCAGAGUAAUUAACACUGGCCGCUGUCGCGCCUGUUCAUUCUGUUUCCUGUCCUUUCAUAAUCUGACACGCCAGUUUCAAGAGACGCCUUGCCGGACGGGAGCACAAGCGAGUUUCUAGAGGA